AUGAUAGUUGAAGAUUCCUAUUUUAGUCAAUUAAAUGUUUACAAUUUCUUCAUUUGCGUCUCUGUUUCAGCUCCACCAACCGAAACAUUACCACGCUUCAUUUGUGUUCUUGCUUCUUCCAAGCCUCGCAAAUCUGCAUUAUCUUCCUUGAAUUUUUUAUCCUGUCCCUUGCGCCUCUCACCUUCACUUUCAAGCCCUGCAUAUCAGAGAACUAAAGGUGGCAUGUUUUCCCCGGUUAGAGCCAUGUCAGAGGAAGCUGCAUUACAAUCCAAAGUAACCCACAAAGUUUAUCUUGAUAUAAGUGUUGGAGAACCUGUAGGAAAGCUUGCUGGGAGAAUUGUAAUUGGAUUAUAUGGUGAUGAUGUGCCACAGACUGCAGAGAAUUUCCGUGCUCUAUGUACAGGAGAGAAGGGAUUUGGCUACAAAGGAUCCUCAUUCCACCGCGUUAUUAAGGAUUUCAUGAUCCAAGGAGGAGAUUUUGAUAAAGGAAAUGGUACAGGUGGUAAAAGCAUAUAUGGCCGUACAUUCAAAGAUGAAAACUUCCAGUUGGCUCACACUGGACCUGGAGUUGUUAGCAUGGCAAAUGCAGGCCCCGAUACCAAUGGAAGCCAAUUUUUCAUUUGCACUGUUAAGGCAGGCAGAGUUAUCAAACCAAUUUUUCAUUUGCACUGUCGAAUGGACCAGAGGCAUGUUGUGUUUGGACAAGUUCUGGAGGGCAUGGAUGUUGUUAAGCUGGUUGAGUCACAGGAGAUAGACAGAGGUGAUCGUCCUAGAAAGAGAGUCUUUGUAAGUGAUUGUGGUGAACUUUCUGUGGUUUAA